GAGAAGGUCACGGAGGUUCGCCCUUCACUCCCUUGGAAGCGUGAAUGCAAUCAGAAUCCCUCCCGUCCUGGGAGAGUAAGAUUGUGCGUGUCAUUCCAGGAAUCGGUGACUUUUAAGGAUGUAGCUGUGGACUUCACCCAGGAAGAGUGGGGCCAGUUGGACUCCCCUCAGAGGGCCCUGUACCGGGACGUGAUGCUGGAGAACUACCAGAACCUUCUCGCCCUGGCAGGACCUCCAGUCUGCAAACCGGACGUGAUCUCCCAUCUGGAACGAGGUGAGGAGCCAUGGCAGGUGCCCAGAGAAGUCCCCGGAGGGGCUCAUCCAGAAUGGGAGCCCAGGCCUGAGAUGAAGGAGGAGUCAUGUCAACAGCAGGUCAUCUACAAAGAGGAGCCGUGGCAGGCGUCGAUCACAGAGUGGUUGGCAAGGUCCAGUCUCAGCCCUGGUCCAGGCGACCGGUGGGCCUGGGACGGCUCAUCAGCUGCUCUGUCAAGAGGUGAGGCUGUGCUCUGGAGGCACGUGCCCGCUGGCUAUGGGGACAUUUCCACAGAGGAGCACUGGCAGGGACCUGAGGCACCUGAGGAGGCCUUUCCCCUCAGGUGCACCCUCCUCACCAAGCAGAGCAAAGGAACUCUCAUUCCUACAGAGGAAGAGCCUCCUGACAGACACACUGAGCAUUUCCAAUCCAGCGAGGCCGUAACACAGCAGCAGAGAACGUGCGCAGGGAGGAACAGUUUCAAGUCAAGCGAACAUGGAAAACCUCCACCCACAAACAGGCGUCAGGGCUCCAGUGCCAGGGAAGGUUUUUUCGCUUGUGACGAAUGUGGAAAAGCCUUUCACCAGAGCUCGUCCCUCACCCUGCACCAGCGAUGGCAUGCGCGGGAGAAAGCAUACAGGUGUAAAGAGUGUGGCAAGGCCUUCACCUGGAGCACCAACCUCAUCGAGCACCAGAGAAUCCACACGGGGGAGAAGCCCUUCCUCUGUGGCGAGUGUGGGAAAGCCUUCAGCUGUCACUCAUCACUGAACGUGCACCACAGGAUUCACACGGGCGAGAGGCCCUAUAAGUGUAACGCCUGCGAGAAGGCCUUCAGCUGCAGCUCACUGCUGAACAUGCACCUCAGAGUCCACACCGGCGAGAAGCCCUACAAAUGCAGUGAGUGCGGGAAGGCUUUCAACCAGAGGACGCACCUGACGCGGCAUCACAGAAUCCACACGGGGGAGAAGCCAUAUAAGUGUGACGAGUGCGGGAAGGCCUUCACGUGCCACUCGUCCCUGACCGUGCACGAGAAAAUCCACAACGGAGACAAGCCGUUUAAAUGCAACGACUGCGAGAAGGCCUUCAAUAACCGUUCACGCCUCACCCUCCACCAGAGGAUUCACACGGGAGAGAAGCCCUUCAAGUGUGGCGACUGCGGGAAGGGCUUCAGCUGCCACUCCUACCUGGUCGUGCACCAGAGGAUCCACAGUGGGGAGAAGCCCUUCAAGUGCAAUGAGUGUGGGAAAGCCUUCAGCUCCCACUCCUACCUCAUCGUGCACCAGAGGAUCCACACGGGGGAGAAGCCCUUUGACUGCAGUCGGUGCUGGAAGGCCUUCAGCUGCCACUCGUCUCUCAUCGUGCACCAGCGAAUCCACACGGGAGAGAAGCCCUAUAAAUGCAGCCAGUGCGGAAAAGCAUUCAGCCAGAAUCACUGUCUCAUUAAACAUCAGAAAAUCCACUCUGGGGAGAAGUCAUUUAAAUGUAACGAAUGUGGCGAAAUGUUCAACUGGAGCACCCACCUCACCGAACACCAGAGAAUACACAGCAAAGAGAAGCCCUUUGCCAUCCAGUUCAACAAACACUUGCUGAGCACAUACUAUGUUCCCAGCAGCCUGCUGGACACAGGGGGCACAGGCGUGAGCAGCAUGGACCCCAUAAAUGCACUGGACAUGGCAAAACUCCUGUGUGUGGUUCAGCCCACAGCCAGCAGGCAUUUCCCCCUGGGUGGCAAACCUGGAAAUUAAUGUGGCGUGCUUGUCAUCAAGUUAGCCACCCUCGCUCCUUCCCCAGGGUGAGCGGGGAAAGCACAGUGGCUCAUAGCUCCAGACACGUGCACCUUGCCCCUCUGCCCCGUGCACAUCUCCCGUGUGCUGCAACAGACACCCUCUGAUUAGCAGUCGUCACCCCACCGGGCUACCCUAUAAGAGAGGAGAGUUGAGAACCGGUUGAGGAUGCCCUGUCGUCCUGUUUCCCCUGAUAGGUUUGGAUGUCACUGACCAGGGGAAUAGAUCUUUACUGCUGAUAAAGAGAAGGUAUGUCAGUCAUGUCCUUCGAUCGGCUCCAGGCAUGAUUUCCAUCAGGAAUGUUCUCUCUGAACCGUUAUGUUUAGAAUAAUAAUAAUUUUUGAAAACCAGAAGAAUUAAUGAACAGUAGUCAGUAUUACCUCCAAGUGAACAUUAUUGUAUUCCAGGAGGGGAGAGUAAUCUUGGAUGGUGGAGAUUUGGGGAAAAGGAGCUUUCCUGGACUCACCAUACUUAAGUGGCUCUAGUGCAGAGUUAGAGGCGGCACAGCCAUCACAGAAGCACAGCCUAGAGAGGUCCUGACAUGCCGGCACCACGCCUGGCCCCCUGGUCCAUGGUGGGAGGUUGGGAGUACACCAGCGGUCCCAUGUGCAUCCGGGGAAGAUGAGUGCAGUGUUGGGAUGGAUGCGUCUAGAAGCACACUUCCCAAGCUGUUGAGGCUGCCUGCAGGGUCUCCCCAGGUGCCACGUAGCUCAGCUCACCGGUGCAGCCCUGAAGGAGAAGCCCCUUCAUGGAGACCAUCCCCACACUCCCUGCAGGGGUGGGGAGACACAGUCGUCGGGAGAUAAUGUCAUUUCUGCCCAGUUCUAAGCAAGUAUAAGCUGCCUUCUCAGUGACAAUACUUUACAUUUGUAUAGAGCGCUAUAGUUUCUGAAAUGUUUUUUAGUAUACUUUUUAAAUUAUGGAGGCAAAAUAACCACAUUUCAGAAAAUGUGGAGUUAAGAGGAGAAAACACCCAUAAUUCUUAAUAAAACUGCAUUUCGCACUUUGAAGCAUUACCUUCUGCUUUUUUCAUACUGCAUUUUCACAUCACUUUAAACGUAGUAUCACUUUACUCUUUUUUUCCCCCACUUAGUCACAUAGCAGAAUUUUUCUCCACAUAACUGCACUGUCUUUGUAGUCUUAAUUCUAAAUGGAAGCAUAGUAUUCUACUAGAUAUUGUUUUGUCAGAUGUUGAAGUUAUUUCCAUGUUUUACACUAUUAUAAAUCAUUCUUCAUGGAGCAUCUUUUGCAUUAUACUUCUUUAGAAUUUUCUUAGAGUAGAUUUCUAGAAGCGAAACUUUUGAGAUAAAGGAAAUGAACAGCUUCAGGAGUCAUCUCAGUAUGUUCCUGGUUGCGUGUGUGUGAAGUAAUACUGUUUCAUUAUGAAGAAAGCAAUCAGCAGCUGGUCAGGUGGGAGCAUCCCCCGCUCGCCCAUCUCCCAGACACAGGCACUGUUCAAAGCCAGGUGUCCAGACGGUCUCUGUUCAGGGCGUGGUGACGACACACAUGAUCCUGGACAUCUGCUGCCCCAUUGCCUUCCUCUGGAGUGUGUGAGCUGGCUUGGCAUUAUUUGGUCCCCAGGGACCACAUCAUGGCAGUCUCAGGACCUUCUUCUGUGAAAAGUAGGAAGAGUUCUGUUUUACAACAGCAUUGGGAAAAGACAAAUUUAUACUUGAUUCAUUAUUCUCUUAUUUUUUUCUUCUUUUAAAAGAAAUUAGAAUGAAACCACCUUCAUGGGCCCUGGACACCAUGCCAACUGUCUGUCCUGUAGUGCUGUUAAUGUGCUCAGUUGAAUGGCAUUUAUUACUUCAUGUUGCGCCUUUGAUAACUAAUGAAGCUGAAUAUGGAACAUAUUUUUAUUAUUGGUCUUUCUUCCCGAAAAUUAUUUCAAUAUACCGUAUGGCCCUCUUCCUGUUGGAGUCUUGAUGUUUUUAUUUUAUUUGCAUAUAAACUUUCUUUUCCAAUUAUAUGAGAAAUACAUUACGUAUUAAAGAAAUAUGAAAAAAUCAGAAGUUAUAAGAAUAAAAAUGACCCUCAGUGUCAGAUCAUGCGGCAUCACGUGGAGAUGCAGUUCCUUCUGGUUUAUUUCCGUACACAUACACACAUGCUUUUUCUUUUAAAACAGAACUGGAUUCACACACUGCAUGUCCUUUUCAUCCUUUCCCAUUUAACGUUUUAUGAUGAGCAUUUUUCAUACUAUAAAAUACUUUCCAAAAACAUCAUUGAUGGCUACAUAGUUGUUUUUUUUUUUAAUUGAGUUUAUUGGGGUAACAUUGGUUAAUACAAUUAUGUAAUUUUCAGGUGUACAUUAUCAUUUGACAUCUGUAUAUAUUCUAUUGUGUGCAUAGUUUUUUAUCUUACUGCACCUGUAGGUAAUUCUGGACCAUAAGCCUACAUGCCCAUGUUUGAAUAUUGCCUCAGAAUAAAUUCUGAGACGUGGAGUUAGCUGCGAGGUCACAGACGUUGCAACAAGCUGUCUGUGUCUCCAGGGCGGACCCAGCCCGGCGCUCCUGGUGGAUGCCCUGCACGUAGGGCCUGAGGGUCUCCGCUUCUCCGUGCCCUUGCCAACACUUAACAUCAUCUCCUCACUUUUAUGUUUGCCAUUUUGAUACGUUAGAAUGUUAUUUGUUGAUUUUUUUAACCUUUUUUCCUCUUCAUAUGAAUUUAUUCCUGUCUUAUUCACUAUUCCAUUCUUUUUUUAAAAAAUAUAUACAUGUAUACACACAUAUACGUUGCCUUGGCACGUAGCUUUUCUAUCUUUGUUACUGCAUUUUUUAUGUACAGAGGUUUUCAAAUUCUGUGUAAUAAGGUCUAUUUGAUUUUUUUCCUUUAUAUUUUUCUUUAGCUCUUGGAAAGCCUCUUCUUUAAGUCUUGUUUGGGUUCUGUAUUUUACAUUUAACUCUUAAAUCCAUGUAUUUGGGAUAUAAAAUCCAAGGUCUUAGCAUUCAUUCUCAAAUUGCAUUCUUCACUAUUCUAUAGAUCUUUCUUUUCUUUUAUUGUAGCUCUCAUAAUUCACUUUAAUAUGUGGUAGGACCAAGACCACAUUUUUAGUAGGUUUUUUAAAAUUGUUGUUAUUUUAUCUAUUCUUCCAGGUGGCGCAGGAAUCAUUUUCUCAGAACCCAGCGUCUUCAUGCCACUGCAUAACUUAUUGGGAUUUUUAUUAGAAUUGACUAGUUUGUGAAGAAUUAAUAAGUUCUAUAUAAUAUUAAGUCUUCACAACAAAUGUGGUAGAUAGCUGUUCUUUCCAAUCAUUACCUAUAACCAUCAGGAAAGUUUUAUAGUUUUCUUCAUCAAUGUUCUUACAUUUAUUCUUAAAUUCGUUCUAAUUUUGUGGGGUUUGUAAAUCAGGUCUUUCUCUUAUAAGAUAUAUAGGACCACUAUUGAUUGUAUAUAUCUUCCUGUAUAUUUAUUUUAUACUUAGCAACUUUACUGAAUUAUUCUAAGAAGGUCUCUAAUAGCUUAUCAGUUUAUUGGGUUUUCUAGGUAAACAGUCAUAUCACUUGGAAAUAAAAAGCUUGCCUCUCC